GCGGCCGGUGCUGACUACAGACGCACACCUGUGAGCCAGAAGUGACUUGGACCUCCCAACACUGACCGAACCAUGGAUCGUAAGGUCACCAACGGUGCCAGCCUCCAGGAUGAGUACAUCACAGACUUGCUGGUGUUUGGGUUCCUCCAAAACUGCCCCAACUGUAACUUCCACAAAGAGCUGGAGUUGUUGGGCCAUGAACUUCCCACACAGGCUCACUUGUGGGAGUACCACGAUGAUGAGCUGCAGACAGAUGGCAACCGAUCCAGCUACUUCCACCUGGAAGGAAGAAGGGUGGCAGAUUCUGGACAUCAAGAGGAAAUCAUCCAGAACAUCACCAGGCAUCUUGCCGAAAUAGGGGACAGGAUGGACAGCAGCAUCCACCCAGGACUGGUGAAUGACCUGGCCCGGCAGUUCAUGAACAUGAACCCGUCAGAAGAGGACAGAAGGAAUUACCUGGCUGCUGCCCUGGGUCAGAUGAUGCAGACUUACCCUUGGGACAUGGAAGAGGAGAAGGCCAUGCUGCUGUUGGCCAUGCUAUUGGUCAAGAAGGUGGCUGAUCACACACCAUCCUUACUCCGUGAUGUCUUUCGCACUACUGUGAACUUUAUCAACCAGAACCUGUUCACCUAUGUGAGGAACCUAACCAGAAAUGAGAGGGAAUGAAUGGAUGACUGCAAACACCUGAUUUUUGCUUAAAACUUGAUGUGGUGAUAGCCGGAUAGCUGCCUUCAAUGGAGAUGAAGCCACGCUCACUUAAACAAAGUUCUUAGAGAAUUCAGGCACUAGAUAAUAUUUAUUUAUCAAUAGUUUAAAAGAUAAUUUUUAAAGCUGGUAACCUAUAUAGAAAUUUCUACAUUAAUAUACUUGAAAGAAAAUAACUUGCAAAUAUUUGAAUAGGUUUCAUACCA